AUGGGGUUUCCCAGUACCUGCAACACCUUCAAGCUGGCUUACUCGAAGGCACACGGUGUUUUGUUCGACCCUGAAUUUCAAACCCCGUUGAUUCUAGACGAAUCCUUAGAUUUUUCAGACACUGAAGAGUCGCGGUUUAUCGGUGCACUUUCAGACGGCCUGUUGGCCAAGUCUGUACCUAUCCUGUCUAUGUCUACUCUUCAGAAGCCUCCGCAGGCGGCCUUGCUUGAUUACGAAUCUGCUCGGUCCGUACAAGAUGGUGCCUCCUAUUCCAGUUUCGGUCAGGCCCCAUACGUAACAACCACACCAAUGGUGCCCUCACCCAUGGCCGACCAUGCAAGUCAGAUAUCUGACUGUGUCCCAUACAUGAGCAAUCAAGAAUAUGCUAGCUCUUACGAGGACAGCCGGUCACCCAUGUUGGGCAGUGAAUCACGUCAAUUACCGGAGGUUAUUUCUUACUCUCCCCAAAGAGGAUCCGAAGGGACCAGAGUCUUCGUGCAAAUUCAGUCCCCGUACGAUCUUCACACUUCGUCGUAUGCAACUCUUUACCUAGUGUUUGGCUCGAAGAAGUGCGAAUGCGUCCCGCAUUUUCUGGGAUUCCAGGGCUCUCUGUUUCAGUAUGCCCUCUCCGUGGAUACCCCUCCAUUUAUUUCAACAGGCUCGCCGUCCUUCGCCGUGCCCCUGCAAGUCGCUAUGAAUGGUCAAAACGAGUGUCAUUCUACUACCCUUCAAGUUGGUGUAUAUACCUACGAAAACGCGUCUCACCCGUCCCCGUCAGACGAGUCCCGCAAGAGGAGAAUUGCAACAUUCCCCGAGGAACCGAGGACUACGAAGAGGACGACUGGGCUGCCGAUCCAGGCCAAAGAGCAGCCACCAGCGUAUUCUUAUUCCCCGUAUCUGCAAUCUUUGCCUGCGAUGAAUGGCUUUGUCACUCCGUAUCACCCGACAUCUUCGCCCAGGGUUGCCCCAGCGCAAUAUUCGACCGUGUCGGCAACAUCACAGUCAAACAUCCGUGCACCCUCGCCCCUCGCUCCUUCAUGGAGUCCAUCAUACGUAACUGUCCACGGAGACUCUAGAGCUCCCGGAUUUGCCUAUGCUCACAGCCUCCGCCAGCAAAAGCCAAACUCUCCCGCGCGGCUCACGAAUCCAACGCUUAUCCGCACCUCCACAUUACAACAGUCCAGCGGUCUUAGCCACCACCACCACACUCAGUCCUUCAAUCCCUAUGCCAUGUAUCCAUCCAAGGCUGUUUUGAAGCUCAAUGGAAGCCUGGAUACCAUGACGGAAAGCUGGACUAAAGAGGAACGUGACGCUAAACGUCGUCUGGUACAAUUCACUCGUAUGCAAAGUGGUAGCACCAUCCAUGCGGAUUUCAACCCCGUGGCUCCUGAGGACCGUUCCCCAAACAGUAUUUGCAUCAGUUGCAUCUACUGGGAUGGUAAAGACGAAUGCUUCAUCACUAGUGUUGAUACUAUCUACCUCCUGGAGUCGCUUGUCGGAGUUAGGUUCACCGUGGAAGAAAAGAACCGUAUUCGAAGGAAUCUGGAAGGGUUCCGGCCACUUACUGUAUCGAAAGCAAAAGCGGAUAGCGAGGAUUUCUUCAAGGUGAUUAUGGGCUUCCCAGCCCCGAAGCCACGCAAUAUCGAGAAGGACGUGAAGGUUUUUCCAUGGCGGAUUCUCGGCCAUGCGCUGAAAAAGAUCAUUGGUAAAUAUUCUGCAAGCUACUCUUCGACUGCUGGGGCACUUCCUACCCCCAUCAGCUCAACUUACACGAGCAACGGAGCUGCGUCAGACUCUGGCACUGAACCUCCGAACGCGGCAUCGCCACAGUCUGUCUCAGACACUGGCCCUUCCACUACCUAUGGUCACCAUGUUGCAGCUCCAGCUUACUCCCCUUCAGCAAAUCACUCUGGGCCUCCCAUGACCGGUGUCCCCGAGCUCCGAGCUGUGUUACCUGCAGUCAGCCAACCAUAUCAUCCCGUGGCUGCCCCGUACUCCUACCCGGCCGUUUGCCAACAGCAGAGCCAUCUUGGUCUCAAUGCACCUGUUAGUAGGACUUGGGAGAUCAACCCUCUCAUCAACGCUCCUGGCACAAGCGGGGCCCCUACCUAUAACUACUUGACCCCGUUGUCAUACUCCGUUCCAGACCCAUCUCAUUAA